GUAAAUAUUUGCGGUUAUGGAUUAACUCAAGUUCCGGACUGUCAUGGCGGCAGGAGGGCGACCUUGCAGUUUCUCCACAGUACACCCCAGGGAGUACCCUUCCAGGCAGACAGGUGUCAGCAGCUCCAGAAUGUGGCAGCUGGCAAGCCUCUUACUGUUCCUGAUCAUCUGGGGAAUUUCCAGCACACCAGUUCAUCCCGACUCAGUGUUCUCCAGCAGUGAGCAGGCCCACCAGGUGCUACGGAUCCACAAACGUGCCAACUCCUUCCUGGAGGAGCUCCGACCCAGCAACCUGGAGCGGGAGUGCAUGGAGGAGAGCUGUGACUUUGAGGAGGCCAAGGAGAUUUUCAAAAAUGUGGAUAACACACUGGACUUCUGGUCCAAGUACCUUGACGGCGACCAGUGCACUAUACAGCUCCCGGAGCACCCGUGCGACAGCCCGUGCUGCGACCACGGCAAGUGCAUCGACGGCAUAGGUGGCUUCCGCUGCGACUGUGGCCUGGGCUGGGAAGGCCGCUUCUGCAUGCAAGAGGUGCGCUUCUCCAACUGCUCAGUGGACAACGGCGGCUGCGGGCACUAUUGCCUGGAGGAAGAGGGCCGGCGCCGCUGCAGUUGCGCGUCGGGCUACGGGCUGGCGGACGACCACCUGCAGUGUGAGCCCAAAGGUGAGCUCAAAGUGAAAUUCCCCUGUGGGAGGCCAUGGAACCCAAUGGAGAAGAAGGGCAAGACCUUGAAAUGUUGCACAGACCAAGCUGACCAAGUGGACCCACGGCUCAUCAACGGGCAGUUGACCUUACAGGGAGAGAGUCCCUGGCAGGUGAUCCUGCUGGACUCGAAGAAGAAGCUGGCCUGUGGGGCGGUGCUCAUCCACACUUCCUGGGUGCUGACAGCGGCCCACUGCAUGGAGGACUCCAAGAAGCUCACUGUUAGGCUCGGAGAGUAUGACCUUCGGCGCAGGGAGAAGUGGGAGGUGGACCUGGACAUCAGCGAGGUCCUCAUGCACCCCAACUACAGCAGGAGCACCACCGACAAUGACAUCGCACUGCUCCGCCUGGCCCAGCCUGCUACCUUUUCGCAGACCAUCAUGCCCAUCUGCCUCCCGGACAGCGGCCUCUCAGAGCGUGAGCUCACCAAGGUCGGCCAGGAGACGGUGGUGACAGGCUGGGGCUACCGCAGCGAGGCCAAGAGAAACCGUACCUUCAUCCUCAACUCCAUCAAGAUCCCUGUGGCCGCUCGCAGCAAGUGCAUCCAAGCCAUGCACAACGUGGUCUCUGAGAACAUGCUGUGUGCAGGCAUCCUCGGGGACCAACGGGAUGCCUGCGAGGGUGACAGUGGGGGACCCAUGGUCGCCUCCUUCCACGGCACCUGGUUCCUGGUGGGCCUGGUGAGCUGGGGUGAGGGAUGCGGGCGCCUCCACAACUAUGGCAUAUACACCAAAGUUGGCCGCUACCUCGACUGGAUUCACAGCCACAUCAGAGCCGAGGAGGCCUCCCUCAAGAGCCAGUGGCCUUAGCACCCCUCCUGCUGUGUCAGGACCCCAGAGGCCACCUUUGGAAUGGACUCUGGGCUGUUGAAUGGCAAUAUAUGGAACAUUAAAAGGGGAAUGCAACAAGUA